UUUUCAACAGUUUUUGAGCCAAGAAACUUUAAACGUUUUUAAAUUUAUUUUUGUGAUUAGUAAUUAGUAUUGACAUUUUUGCUACUAAUUAUUUCUGAAAUAUUUGAAGAAAUUUGCAAUGCCUGGGCAGAAUUGUGCUAUUGCUUCUUGCAAGAGCAAUAGGUUAACGCUUAUGAAAGCAGGUGUUAAAUUAAUAUUUCAUUCCUUCCCGAAACAAAAUGAUUCAGUUUCAAAUACAAUAAAAAAAGAAUGGAUAAAACGUUGUAAACGAGAAACUAAAUUUAAUCCAUUAACUGCUACAAUAUGCUCACUACAUUUUACUCCAGAUGAUUACAAAAGAGAUCUUCAAAAUGAACUUUUAGGUUUACCUUUACGCAGAGUUCUUCAAAAAACUGCUGUUCCCACUUUAAAUUUGAAUGUUAGAAGUGAAAAACUUGAAGCCAAAAGAACUGAAACAAAGAGAAAGAGGAAGCUGGUGAAAUCUUCACAUAAAACAAAUCUCAUCAAUCUGGAGCCGUCUAAACUUUUGGAUACUCGAAGUACAUCCACAGACCAACUGCAGCCAAGUAAUUCAUCCGGCACAUAUACUUAUAAACAAAAGUAUGAACAUUUAUUAUUGAUGUAUAUUAAACUGAAAUCAAAGUCCACUAAGAAAAUAAAUGGGUUAAAUAAAAUGGUUAAGUAUUAUAAAGCAAAAUGCUAUAAUCAGACAAUUAAUAAGAACGUCAAAUUAAUUAGGUAUGGCUGAAAAACUUUUAAAUAUGGUCCUUAUAAACAAAGCAAAGUUCAUUAUUGAAAAAAAAAAAAAAAAUACAUGUGGCAUUCGGGGACUGCCGCGGUAAAGCUAUUGCAUAGCAUUUUUUAUCAACUUAUGCAAUUAUAAUUAUUUAUUUUAUUUAUGCAGUAUUUUUUUUUCUUUGUACACUUUUUGAGGGUGGU